AUGGGUCAAGGCGCAUAUGGUGUUGUUUGUGCUGCAAAAGAUACAGAAACAAACGAACAAGUGGCUAUUAAAAAUGUUUGUCGUAUUUUUGAAAAGACUAUUUUAGCUAAACGUGCUCUACGUGAAGUUAAAUUAUUAAAACAUUUUAACGGUCAUGAAAACAUUACGUCAAUUAUUGAUAUGGAUAUUGUUAAUUUACAAGACUUUAACGAAAUUUAUUUAGUUCAAGAACUGAUGGAAGCAGAUCUUCAUCAAAUCAUUCGAUCUGGACAACCUUUAACCGAUGCUCACUUUCAAUAUUUUGUAUACCAAAUAUGUAGAGGACUUAAAUAUAUCCAUAGUGCUAACGUUUUGCAUAGAGAUCUAAAGCCUGGUAAUUUAUUAGUUAAUGCUGAUUGUGAAUUAAAGAUUUGUGAUUUUGGCUUGGCUCGAGGCUAUUCUUCUUCACCUGAAGGAAAUGCUGGGUUCAUGACAGAAUAUGUUGCUACACGUUGGUAUCGAGCCCCAGAAAUUAUGUUGAGUUUUCAACAAUAUACUAAAGCUAUUGAUAUGUGGUCUGUUGGUUGUAUUUUUGCAGAAAUGUUAGGUGGUCGACCUCUUUUCAAAGGACGUGAUUAUGUGGAUCAAUUAAAUCAAAUUCUCGGAAUCCUUGGUACACCUGAUGAAGAGACUUUAUGCCGUGUUGGUAGCGAACGAGCUCAAGUUUAUAUUCGUAGCUUAACAAGAAUGCCUCAAAUUCCCUUUCAAAAUCUUUACCCUCGAGCAACACCUUUAGCUAUCGAUCUUCUUACAAAAUUACUUACUUUUGAUCCUGCAAAGAGAAUUACUGUUGAAGAAGCUCUUGCGCAUCCUUAUCUUAGCGCUUAUCACGAUGAAGAUGACGAGCCUUCUCAUACUCAAACAUUUGAUUUUUCAUUUGAAGCUGUUGACUCAAUAGAAGAUAUGCGCAAAAUGAUUGCACAAGAAGUAAUGACAUUCAAGGCACAAAAACAAGGAUUACCACCAUUACAAUUACAUAACUUGGGAAAUAAUAAUAUGAAUACCACUAAUAAUGCUACACAUGGUUCUAACUUGAAAAGAAAGGAAAGUCUAAGUGCUAGUGAACGUGAAGCUUUAGAAAGAAGCAAGGAUGUUGCAAAGAAUAUGGAUAAUCGUCAUAGUAAUAGAAAUUCCUCUUCUGUAGCUGCUACAGCUGUACCCGUUGCGCAAAAUAAUGAAAUCGGUCACACUAUGGAUGUUGAUGCACUUGAAAGAGAAUUAAGUGGUGGCGUUUAA